AGGACCAGCAUGUCCCCUCCUUUUCUUACCUUUCCUCCUCCCCCCCUCCCCCCACAUGUCACACCAUGAGGCGGAGGACCAGCAGGUGUUGAGGGACGUGGUGGCAAUGGCGCGGUCGGCAGCGGUUCUUACCCUCCUGCCUUCUCGCCCCUCUCUGCAUUGUGUCCCUCCCCUCUCCUUGUCACUCCAUGAGGCGGAGGACCAGCAGUUGCUGAGGGACGUGGUGGCAAUGAUGCGUGAGGCGGAGGACCAGCAGUUGCUGAGGGACGUGGUGGCAAUGAUGCGUGAGGCGGAGGACCAGCAGGUGCUGAGGGACGUGGUGGCAAUGAUGCGUGAGGCGGAGGACCAGCAGGUGCUGAGGGACGUGGUGGCAAUGAUGCGGUCAGCAGUGGUGGCGGAGGCUGGCAGUGGAAGUGAGGCGGAGGACCAGCAGGUGCUGAGGGACGUGGUGGCAAUGAUGCGGUCAGCAGCGGUGGCGGAGGCAGGCGGUGGUGAGGCGGAGGACCAGCAGGUGCUGAGGGACGUGGUGGCAAUGAUGCGGUCAGCAGCGGUGGCGGAGGCAGGCGGUGGUGAGGCGGAGGACCAGCAGGUGCUGAGGGACGUGGUGGCAAUGAUGCGGUCAGCAGCGGUGGCGGAGGCAGGCGGUGGUGAGGCGGAGGACCAGCAGGUGCUGAGGGACGUGGUGGCAAUGAUGCGAGGACCAGCAGGUGCUGAGGGACGUGGUGGCAAUGAUGCGAUCAGCAGCGGUGGAGGAGGCAGGCAGCCGAUCUUGAGACGUGCCUUAUGUCCCCUCCUGUCUCUCAUCUCCCUUCCCUUUGCUCUGAUCACUGCAGUGAGGCAGAGGACCAGCAGAGGACCAGCAGGUGUUGAGGGACGUGGUGGCAAUGAUGCGAUCAGCAGCGGUGGAGGAGGCAGGCAGCCGAUCUUGAGACGUGCCUUAUGUCCCCUCCUGUCUCUCAUCUCCCUUCCCUUUGCUCUGAUCACUGCAGUGAGGCAGAGGACCAGCAGAGGACCAGCAGGUGUUGAGGGACGUGGUGGCAAUGAUGCGAUCAGCAGCGGUGGAGGAGGCAGGCAGCCGAUCUUGAGACGUGCCUUAUGUCCCCUCCUGUCUCUCAUCUCCCUUCCCUUUGCUCUGAUCACUGCAGUGAGGCAGAGGACCAGCAGAGGACCAGCAGGUGCUGAGGGACGUGGUGGCAAUGAUGCGAUCAGCAGCGGUGGAGGAGGCAGGCAGCCGAUCUUGAGACGUGCCUUAUGUCCCCUCCUGUCUCUCAUCUCCCUUCCCUUUGCUCUGAUCACUGCAGUGAGGCAGAGGACCAGCAGUGAGCCGGAGGACCAGCAGGUGUUGAGGGACGUGGUGGCAAUGAUGCGUGAAGCAGAGGAUCAGCAGGUGUUGAGGGACGUGGUGGCAAUGAUGCGAUCGGCAGCGGUGGAGGAGGCAGGCAGCCUGCAUUGGUCGAAAGGCUUCUGGGCCUUCUUCCGCACCCACUCCGUGCUGCACCGCGCCAAAACAUGUGUGCAGCCUUGUCUGCCGUCAAAGCCGCUGCUGGAAGAUGACAUGUAA